UCAAAUAAAACAGGAACUAACAGAACUCAAAAUCCAAAACCAUGACACCUGCAGUCUUUUGGGACUUGUGUCAGGUGGAAAAUGGAACCGAAUAUUGCAAUACUUAUUGUCAAAGGCUUCCCCUUGAUCUGGAUUGGAUUGUCCCUUAUUUGUACAUCACAUGGUCCAAAGUGAUGUGAUCGGUUUAGUGACUACAUUCUCUACCUCUCUUGCCGCUGCUCUGCAGGAAGAUAAUGUCUGCACCGAACUUGUUGCGGGUAGGAACAGCAGAAAACAUCUUUGUGGAGUGUCAAGACUGCACAGGAGGAGACAUUAGGGUUGAAAUCAUCGUGAGGAACCAUCCAACCAAAACCAAAAGGCUGACUUCUACAUUUGUGGACCUAACUGAGGCAAAAAAAUUCCAGAACUUUGGACAAAUUACGAUCCCUGCUGGCGACUUCAGUAAGGAUCCCAGCAUGAAGCAAUAUGUGUACCUGCAAGUUGAAUUCCCUGAUCAACACCUGGAGAAAGUUGUCUUAGUGUCCUUCCAGUCUGGCUACAUCUUCAUCCAGACCGACAAGACCCUCUAUACCCCAAAUAGUGAAGUCAAAUACCGUAUGUUUGCAGUGACGCCUGGCAUAGUGGAGAGGAAUGACACAGAUUCUACUAUUGUCACUGAGCUUGUGGUAUUUUAGUGUAUUUGUCAGAGUGAGCGACUGAGUGAGUGAGAGACUGAGACUUGACUUUUUAAAAACACUUCAAUAAAAACAUCACUGAUCUACAGACAUAAACACUCAAUAAGUCAAAGAAUCAAACUGUUGACAUUUAGAAAAAAGAGAACACUUCCACACAAAAACAUCAAUUUACCUGUAAACACAACUAAAACUGAGUUCUUCAUUCACCACAGAACAGAUGACCUCAUAACACCACUGACGUACAAACACAUCCAAGCUGUUCAUCAGCUGAUGGAACUUAAAAUCCACUAACACUCUGACUUUGACCAGAGAGGUGAACACAUGGACUAUGUCUCCACACAGCUGUCCUUCUACCUGCUUCUUUCUACUCAUGUAUAUGGACAGUUUGGCUUCUCCUACAAUAAAAUUUAACAGUUGC